UCAAGGUUGAUCAGAUCGAGGCUUUCCUCUUCUAGUCUCUCGUUCCCCCACCGCACCGCUAACGCGCUGGCUCCGGCGCUGCGAUCUGUCCUCCCCACCAGCAGGUGACCCUAAGCCGAGCUCCACUCCGCCUGCCGCUGCCAUCGUCGCUGCCUGGAGCUCGGAGAUCUCCGUAAGAGACGCCUCGCUGCCAGAGGCGGAAAAGCCGCGGGGGGAUAGCGGCGUUGCGGCCUGUUUGGUGCUUUGGAGCAGGUAACCUCUCCAAGGAGCGCGCGGGGGGCUCCCCAAAGCCGAGCGCCCAGGCCGAAUGGUGGCCACCAUGGUCCUCUGGGUGGCCUUCAGCCUGAUUGGCUGGUUCUCCCUCUACACUUGGUCUUGUCAUUGGUUCAAAGACCGCACCUAUGAGUGGAGCUGCCGAUUGGUCACUCUGACUCACGGGGUCCUUGCCACUUGCCUCUCCGGCUACAUCGGCUUCAUUGAUGGCCCGUGGCCUAUGUCUUACCCAGGGUCGCCUAACACCACCCUCCAGAUCCAUGCGUUGUGCAUGAGCUUGGGUUAUUUCCUCUUUGACCUUGGUUGGUGUGUCUAUUUCCAGGCAGAAGGGGCACUGAUGCUGGCCCAUCACACUGUCAGCAUUCUGGGAAUCACCAUCUCCCUUGCCCUGGGCGAGUCUGCUGCGGAGGUCAAUGGUGUCGUCUUCGGCAGCGAGAUCACCAACCCACUCCUGCAGGCCCGUUGGUUUCUCCGGGAGAAAGGGCUGUACCACACUUUUGUGGGGGAUGUGGUGGAUUUCCUCUUUGUGGUGCUCUUCACAGGGGUGAGGAUUGGGGUCGGGGCCUGGCUGAUGUACUGCGUGUUGAUGUCGCCCAAACCCAGGUGGUUCAUCAAGGUUGGGGGCGUGAUAAUGUACGUUGUUUCUUGGGUGUUCAUGGUUAGUAUCUGCCGAUUUGCUCGGCGAAAAAGCAUGAAGAAAUACCAUGCCUGGAGGAGUCAAUGGAACAAAGAGAUGAACUUGAAUGCCAAUGGCCAUCUGAAGGGCCAUUGACAUCCCAACUCACUCUGGGUCCAUCUUCAUGAUCUGGCUGGCAGAAAGAAAAAAAGUUACCCAAGGCCUAGUUUACAAGGCCAUGUGUGAGAGAUGAGUCAUGUUGGAGUGAAGACCCCGUGCCAUGCAGUAGAUAAGAGUGCUGGGCUAGGACUGGGGAAACCCAGGUUCAAAUCCCUGCUUAGCCAUGAAGCUCACUGGGUAACUGUAGCCAGCCACUUUCCUUUCAGCCUAAUCUACCUCACAGGGUUGUUGUGAGGAUAAAAUAGGAUAACUCUUGUUUACACUGCCCUGAGUAUUUUGGAGGAAGGAUGGGAUAUGAAAGUGAUUGGUUGAUAGACCUGCACCAUGCUGGCAGGCUGGAGCAGGUUUUAAUGCCAGGGAUGUUUACACUGUGAAAUCGGUUGUGUACAGUGGAAUGUGGUGGGAUACUGUGUGCUGAAGACAAAGUGUGUUCAAUAAGAUGAAAGUGCUAGUAUGCACAAUUACACCUGCUUAUGCUUCCAAGUCACGAUGAAAAAAAAAUGUCAUUUCCAUUCUCAUUUCUCCAAUCUUAAAUUCAGUUUUGCAGCAAUUUGCAAUUAAAAAAAAUCCUCCUGAAAAUUCUUCAGCAUUUUCGUGUGAAUUUCUGCUACUAAUCACAUUUUUGCAUGUGGUUUUGACUGCACACAGUUUUGCAAGCAAUUUCUCCUAAAAUAAUAUCUAUUAUAAAAUAAUAUCUGCUAAUCAAACUUGGUACUGGAUUUCGACUGAAUCCGACAGACCACUGUCUUUUCGGACCGGCACUGGUUUCUUGCCGCAGCUGUAAUUGGCACGGAUGUUUUUUCUGUCCCCCCCCCCCCGAUUUUACGUAAUUAGCUUCGUAAUUGUAUUUUCUCUGCAUUGAUGCAUUCCUAACGGCUGUGUAGGUAUGAUAACAAUCGUCAUUAACAUCCAUUAACCCGAGGCAAGAGGCAGACUCAAAGGCGAUUAUCUGCCUCGAAUUCAGAGCUUGGAAAAGUUACUUUUUUGAACUACAGCUCCCAUCAGCCUAAUCCAGUGGCCAUGUUGCCUAGGGCUGAUGGGAGUUGUAGUUCAAAAAAGUAACUUUUCCAAGCUCUGGCCCUCGAUGAUAUAUAAAUAGGAAACAAAACCCAAGUGGAACACUGUGAUCAUUUACAGAAGAUUUAUGUUAAAAAUUACGAAAAAAAAUUUCACCACAACCAACAACAAAAAUACUCCAGCAGAUCGAAUCGGCAAGUGCCAAAGGAAGUGGAAACAAAAAAGGGCAGAGUGGGAUUGAACGACAGACUAUUGGAAUACAAGCAGGUCAGAAUUAGGUAGCAAACCCCAUCCCAAGACCCCAGUUUGCAUAACUUGUUUCAAAUGCCAUAUAUCUGUUUUCAGGUGGAGGGUUUUGAACUCUUGCGGAAGUUUUGCUAGCAGAAAAUUGGAAUUUGAAAGAAAAUGUUACCAUGCGGAAUGUUCCUGUUCAGCAUGCCAGCCAUGCCCUUUUCCUUUGUACUUCAUUCCAUUCUGUUUUCCAACCCCAUUUUCUGCCCCUCCCCACCUCGAUAAUUAACCAGCAUUCUGUGGCCAUUAAGCAUGCUCAGUCUUCAUCGGGCUGUUCUUGACUUCUACCCCCACCCCAGGAUUUUUUCCAUAAAAUAUUGCUGUUCUUCUACAAACCGUGGAGUUCCUCCAAGUCUUCAGAUAUCUCUUUCUUGUGUGAGGAUGGUGCUGUUUUGGCUCGGAGAAUGUUUGCUAUAUUAGCAUAUUGGCAGAAUAUAGGAACUUCCAGUUGAUGGGAUGUUAAGAUACAGCAGUUCCCCCUUAAUGUCCCUGGAUGUAAUGGUUGCUCUGUAGUAAGGAUGGAUGACUUGUGGCCCUCCAGAUAUUGCUGGACAACAGCUGCCAUCAUCCCUGACCAUAGUCAUGCUGGCUGGAGCUGAUGGAGUCCAUCAACAUCUGGAGAGCCACAGGUUAUAUUUGCAAGUAAUAUUUGCAAGUCAGAGUGACCACCAGGAUUUAAAAAAUGUUUUGAAGCAGGUUGUUUGUGCUUCUUUGCCAAGAUUGCUGAUGUGUGAUUUCUCCAAAACCAUGUAUGGAGGUCUAUUCUUGUGCUUGCAUUUGGUAACGUAUAUUACUUUGUUAGACGUGCAGGUGAUGUUCUCUUUGAUAGGUCUCAUCACUUGUUCUGCUUUUAAUAAAUGUGAGUGUUUCUGCAAGCUAAGUGCAGGUGAUACAGUUACUGGAUUUACCUGUUUGUGCCUGGCACAUUAGCAUUUUAGGAAGAAGGCUGCAUUAAAACAUGUUAGAUUUCCACAGGCAAGGAAUUUUCUUUCGUACACAAGAGCAGUCAAGUAUUUGAUCUCCCAGUAUACUACUGCCUGCAUUCCGAAGUAGUAUGGUCCAGCACCAGGUGCAUUAUAUGCUCUCUUGACCAUGUAUCUUGGCUCUUACUAACUCAUGAAAAGACCCAGAGGCGACAGUGAAAGGAUGGGCCCCCUUUAAAAGGAUGGACAAUGUCCAAAAUUUCACUAUCCAGAAGGGCUAACUUACGGUGUCUAGAUCUGAGUACAUACAAAGUACAUCAUCAGAUUAGUGUAAAGAUACUGUUUUUAAUUACUGUGUAAUAAUUAUUCCAUGUUCCGCCAGCGAUGGGUAUAG